AUGGCAGCACUCUUCGACCGAAUCGCCCAGCUCGAAAACGCUGCCGAGCAAACAUCGGAAAGACUGAGAUACCUGGAAUCAUACCAUCGCAGCACUCUCAAACCCUUCAUCAAGAAAUCCGCUCGGGCAAUCAAUAAACUGGAAUACGUCAGUUCCAUCAAUGAGGCUCGUCUGGAUGGUGUAGACGCGUUGUUGGGCAAUCCGGAGUUUGCAGAUACAGUUAUGCAAAAUCAAACCGAGUUUUCUAGAAUCCUUGCCGAGUUACAAGAAGAUGUUGACGAAUUGAAAGAUCAAAGAGACGGGGUGGAUAAAAAUCGAGAGGAUCAUGAAACGACCUUAGUUGUUAAGCAUGUAUUUCCUGCGGAAAUUAUGAGCGUUGGAAUGGACCGAGAUGGUACACAUGAUUCGUCUGAUACCGUAUAUGCGACUCAAUACACGGUGUUGAGAGAUCGUACGCCAGUAUUUUCCACCAUCCAAGUAAAGUCCGGUCUCUUUUUAACGGGUCUGACACUAGGCAGCCUACAUACCUUCAACUUUCCCAGUCCACGCAUAAUGCCAGACACCGGAAAUCGAAAUCCCAGUUCUCCUGGUGUCAUGUCAGAGCUCGGUGAAUGUUUUCAGAACUUAUCCCUGAAUGAAAAUGUUAGCCAGAGCAUUGCCGACUGCCCAUUCCAACUCAAUGUUUCCGUGGAACAUGUUGGACCUGUUCCUGAGAAUUUUAGCUGCCAAGUCACUUGCACCUGGAACGACGAUUCUGCACCAUCUUCAAGCUCCAACCAUCCAAAUGUAGCGUCUUCCGAGUUGAGCGAUCCACUUCCAAACCCAGGUCCAUCCGACAUCCCCCAACAUCGCCGACGCAACCCGGACCCUGGGUUUGUUGUAAAUAUCCCCAGACCUCCACAUUGA